AUGCCUAUGCCAAGUGCUCCAGAAGCUAGGUAUUUGAUCGCCAGGUCCACCAAUGAUCCAACUGAUUUGAAAGGCUUUUUGAUGUUUCAAAUGGUAGAAGAAGAAACAAUGGAUGAUGAUGUGAUGGCUGAAGUCGCUUAUUGUUAUGAACUUCAAUUAUCGGAAGAUGCAAGGAAUCAAGGUUUAGGUGAAUAUUUGAUGGAUCUUCUUUUUCAAAUUGGUCAUCAUUGGAAAAUGGAAAAAGUCAUGUUAACAGUCUUCAAAAAGAACAAAGGUGCAAUGCGAUUUUAUACUGAAAGGAUGGGAUUCUCGUUGGAUGAAAUCUCUCCUGGAGCAUGUUUACCAAGAAGUAAAGCAAGAAGAUUUGAUUAUGAAAUUCUUAGCAAACCAUGUUAG